CCGAUUUCGGAUUUCGGAUGCAGGUUUUGAGAAUCCGGAAUUUUCGAGCGAUGCGUGACAGUUCCGGCCUCACGAUGUCGAGUCGAGCACAUUUUCGAAGCCGGGCGGAUUGGGAGUAAAAUUUGGAGGCUCAUUGGUUGAGAGUGGAGUUAUUGCGAGCUCUUGUUGUAAAACCUGGAAUUGAGUUAAGAUUUAAGUUAUGGAGAAUGUGAAGUUGAAAACAGCCGAAAUGGCUGCAAUUGAGGGCUCCGGGAAGGGCAUGAGAGCUCCUCUGCAAAGGAAAAUACGACGUCAGGCUGCGCAGAUUUUGAAGAAGGUGCUAACCGGUGACGAGCAAAGAAAGUCGCAGGCUUCGAUAAAAACACUCAUCUACGCGCCUAAUAUUGUGGCCAAGAAGGCCACUCUAGCUCUCACCUGCCGAUGUCUUAAAUACCUUGCAGUAAUUAAGGACAUCGUUGCUGGUACCGACUUGUUAGCCAAGAAGAACAAGGCUGAGAACUUCUGUCUCAAUCCGUUGUGGUAUUCGAUUCGGAAUCCUGAACAUCGUGUCUUUAUCAUCUCAGCUCCCUGCCGAACUCGUCUACGUCCUCACUUGCGACAUGCUAUUUGGACAGGAGCUCUUGUCAUCUGGUGAUGCGGAAAAUGUUGUGCUUUCGCGAAAAAGUGCUCUGCAAUCUGCAUUGGUACGGCUCCUUGUGAAAAAGAAUGUCACCUCUGUUGAGGAAUUGGUAGCAACUCAAGGUCUAGAAAUGUCUAUACCGAGAUAUGUGAGAGUAAAUACUCUGAAAAUCCCUCGUUGGGAAGGGAUCAAAAGCCUCCAGGAAAUCGCAGAUUCUGUGAAGGAAGAUGAUCUCAUACCAGACCUUCUCAUACUGCCAGCAGGAACUGAUCUUCAUAAGCACCCCUUUGUUCUGGAUGGAUCACUCCUAUUACAGGGAAAAGCUAGUUGCAUGCCUGCACCUGUGCUGGCACCGAAGCCUGGUUGGGAGGUGAUUGACGCAUGUGCAGCACCGGGCAAUAAAACCGUGCAUCUGGCAGCCCUGAUGAAAGGAAAGGGACGAAUACACGCUUGUGAAGUUGACUCAAAAAGAGUUCUGAGACUUAGAGACACUGUUUCACGUGCCGGUGCUUCCAAUGUGGAGGUUCAUCAUGGAGAUUUCUUGAAGAUUGAUCCAAGCAAAUCACCAUUUUCGAAGGUGCAAGGGAUACUCUUAGAUCCAUCAUGUUCUGGAUCAGGAACAGUAGUACAACGAUUAGAUCACCUUCUUCCUUCAUCUACAGCGGGGACUGAAAAACAAGAUGCAGAAAUACAUCGGGUGGAGCAGCUUGCACAAUUCCAAGAACGUGCUCUUUUACAUGCUUUAUCAUUUCCCGCGGUUGAAAGAGUGGUGUACAGUACCUGCUCCCUACAUCAACGUGAGAAUGAAGAUGUUGUGAAGUCUGUACUUUCUCAAGCAAGAGGAUUCAGACUAGCAACAGCUCUGCCAAAGUGGCCCCAUCGCGGUCUUCCCGUUUUUCCUGGAGCUAACCACCUAGUGCGCACAGAGCCAUCGAGGGAUCAUAUGGAUGGAUUCUUCGUAGCCCUCUUUGUCCGGAAAGAGGAUGGUGAUUCUGAUGACGAGUUAACAAUAGUACCAGUCCAAGAUAUACCAAGUAAUGAGGAAUCGAAAGCUUCAAACUCAUCGCCCCAAAGUGUUAAACCUGAAUCCGUCGAAAACCACGAGGCAGGGAAGUUAUCUAAGCUCAGGAGGAGAAAGCUGAAGCGCCAACGAAAGAAGGAACAAGCGGCGGCUGCGGGUCCAGCUAAAGAGGCAUCUUCGUAAGAAAGGUGGUUGGUCAGAGUUGCCUUCCACCCAUUCGUACGAGUCUUGAAAGCGAAUCAGCUAAUCUCAAGGUGGUGCUUCGAGGAGUGUAUAAUAGUCGAUUUUGGUAGAGUGUGGCAUAUCAGACCACUGAGUUCCAAUUGCUUUUACACGCAAUGGAUGUUUGGUGGUUGUAAUCUUUGGUGUGGACCAAAUUGAACCGUCUGCACGCCAUUUUUGUCAUUAAAGUAUAUAGAAGUGUAAGGAAGCUGAGCCAAACCGCAAUGUUCCUCAUCGGAGACGAACGUCCUAGACGGGGUGAGGUCUCCUGUCUUCAUGACCAGAACUUUUCGGUACAAGCCAAGGAUUGGCCUGGACAAUACACAAACUUGCCACGGCCUUGUUUCAUGGCCUGGGAUGGUAGUCCUACUUUGGCACCACGUUUUCGGAAAGGAUGAG